AUGGCAACAGCAACAAUGAAAACAUUACCAACACUUUCACUUCUUUUGUGUUUUUUCUCUUCUGUUCUUUCUAGUGAAAAUGAGAUCAUCACUAAAAAAGUACUUUUGGAGGUUAAGUCUUCUUUUCUGACUGACCCUGAAAAUGUUUUAGGAACUUGGUCGGAAGAAAACACUGAUUAUUGUACUUGGAGAGGUGUUUCAUGUGACUUGUUGCAUGUUGUGGUUGGACUCAACUUGUCUGACUCGAAACUCACUGGGUCAGUUUCAUCUUCACUCGGCCUUUUACAAAACCUACUCCACCUUGAUCUUUCAGCUAAUCAUCUUGUGGGUCCCAUUCCACCUUCUCUCUCAAAUCUCACUAAAUUAGAAUCUUUGCUUCUUUAUUCAAACCAACUCGCUGGUCAGAUUCCAAACGAGUUGGGUUUGUUAGUGAGUCUCCGAGUUUUGCGAAUCGGGGAUAAUAAACUCACUGGCGAAAUUCCAUCUUCUUUGGGGAAUCUUGUAAACCUUGUUGUCCUUGGUUUAGCUUCAUGCAAACUCACCGGUUCGAUUCCGCAUCAACUUGGUCGACUCACUGAGUUGAACAAUUUGAUCUUGCAAGACAACGAGUUAACAGGCCCGAUUCCAUCCGAGUUAGGAAACUGCUCAAGCCUCAUCUGCUUCACUGCUUCUGACAACAAACUCAACGGCACAAUCCCGAGUCAACUGGGUCAGCUCAGAAGCCUCCAGAUUCUCAACCUUGCAAACAAUUCCUUAACUGGGGAGAUUCCGAGUCAACUCGGUCAAUUGAACGAGCUUAAUUAUCUAAGUUUAACGGAAAACAAGCUCGAGGGUUACAUUCCACCGUCUUUAUCUCAAAUGGGUAGCCUUCAAAAUCUUGACUUGUCAAAGAACAAACUCAGUGGAGGAAUUCCAGAAGAAUUUGGUAACAUGCAUCGGUUGAAAUUCUUAGUUCUUUUCGAAAACCCUUUAAGUGGAAAAAUUCCAAAAACUUUAUGUUCCAAUGCAACAAAUUUGGAGCAUUUAUUGAUUUCAAUGAGUGAACUUUAUGGUGAGAUUCCAUCUGAAUUGAGUCAAUGCAAGUCAUUGAAGCAAAUUGAUUUAUCCAACAAUUUUCUCAAUGGAACAAUUCCUCUUGAGAUUUAUGGUUUGGUGAACAUAACAGAUCUUUUGCUUCACAACAAUAGUUUAAUUGGUUCGGUUUCAUCUUUCAUAGGGAACUUAACAAACUUGAAAACACUUGCAUUGUAUCAUAACAAGUUGCAUGGUGCUUUGCCUAAGGAGAUUGGGAUGCUUGGAAAGAUGGAGAUUUUGUAUCUUUAUGAUAAUCAGUUUUCGGGGAAUAUACCCAAUGAGAUUGGUAAUUGCUCAAAUUUGAAAAUGGUUGAUUUCUUUGGUAACCGUUUUGGUGGAAGAAUUCCAAUUACGAUUGGAAGAUUGAAAGAAUUGAGUUUUCUUCACAUUAGACAGAACGAGCUUGUUGGUGAGAUUCCGGCUACGCUUGGGAACUGUCAUAAACUGAAUGUGCUUGAUUUGGCAGAUAAUAACCUCUCUGGUGGAAUUCCUGCGACAUUCGGGUACUUGAAAGAUUUGCAGCAGUUCAUGCUUUACAACAACUCUCUUGAAGGUGGUAUUCCUCGUCAAAUGGCAAAUGUAGCAAACUUGACAAGAGUUAAUCUCUCGAAGAACAGAUUGAAUGGAAGUUUAGCUCCAUUGUGCAGCUCUAGAGGUUUUCUUUCUUUUGAUGUUACAGGUAAUGAAUUUGAUGGUGAAAUUCCUUCAAACUUGGGUAACUCUAUGUCACUUAAGAGGCUAAGAUUAGGAGGUAACAGGUUUUCUGGUGAAAUUCCGAGGACAUUGGGAAAAAUCGUUGAUCUGUCUUUGUUAGAUCUCUCGGAGAAUUCACUCACAGGGCCGAUACCAGGUGAACUAUCUCUGUGUAAUAAACUGUCCUCUGUUGAUUUAAGCAAUAACCUUCUUGUUGGACAUGUACCGUCGUGGCUUGGUAAUUUGCCUAGUUUAGGAAAGCUUAAUCUUGCAUUUAAUCAAUUUUCCGGGCCUUUUCCACUAGGCCUAUUCAAAUUACCGACGUUGUUGGUUCUUUCUUUAAAUAACAAUUCUCUUAAUGGAAGUCUCCCUGAUGGUAUCGGCGAUCUCAAAUCGCUUAAUGUCCUUAGACUUGAUCGUAAUAAUUUUUCUGGACCAAUCCCUCGUGCCAUAGGGAAGUUGGGAAAUCUUUAUGAGCUCAAUCUAUCCAGAAAUGUCUUUUGUAGUGACAUACCAAAUGAGAUUGGAAAUCUUCAAAAUCUCCAAAUUGCUUUGGAUUUGAGUAACAAUAAUCUCUCGGGUCAGCUUCCUUCUUCUCUCGGUACGUUAUCAAAAUUAGAAGCACUUGAUUUGUCUCACAACAAACUCACAGGCGAAGUUCCUCCGAACAUUGGUGAAAUGAUUAGCUUGGAUAAGCUUGAUAUCUCUUAUAAUGAUUUUCAAGGUGCAUUGGGUAAGCGAUUCUCACGCUGGCCGUAUGAGGCUUUUGCAGGGAACUUUCAUCUCUGUGGAGCCUCUUUCCGUAGCUGCAACCGCGGUGGUGCUUCCCCAAAUAAGCUAGCAGGGUUAAGUGAGACAGCUGUGAUCAUAAUCUCCGCGAUUUCAACACUAGCUGCAAUUGUGAUAUUUAUUCUUGCAGUGAAAAUCUUCUUGAGAAAUAGGCAAUAUUUUUGGAACAAAGAUAGCGAAUUAGCCGGUGUUUUCUCUUCUUCUACGUCACAAGCAAAGAAACGGCUGUUGUUCCCUGUAAGUACAGCUGGAAAACGAGAUUUCAGGUGGGAAGACAUCAUGGCUGCUACAAACAAUUUGAGCGAAGAAUUCAUAAUCGGUUCAGGAGCUUCUGGAACUGUCUACAGAGUUGAAUUACCUACUGGCGAAACUGUGGCUGUCAAGAAGAUUUCAUUGAAAGACGAAUAUCUGUUGCAUAAAAGCUUCAUAAGAGAAAUAAAGACUUUGGGCAGGAUUAAGCAUCGACACUUGGUGAAACUGGUUGGUUGUUGUAGCAAUAGAAACAAAGGAAAUGGUUGUAAUCUGUUGAUAUACGAGUACAUGGAAAACGGAAGCGUUUGGGAUUGGUUACAUGGAAAUGCACUAAAGUUAAAGAGAAACCUUGAUUGGGAAACAAGGUUCAAAAUCGCUUUAGGGUUAGCUCAAGGGAUGGAGUAUCUUCAUCAUGAUUGCGUGCCAAUGCUCAUUCACAGGGACAUCAAAUCCAGCAAUAUAUUGUUAGAUUCUAACAUGGAUGCACACUUGGGAGAUUUCGGAUUAGCAAAAGCACUCAUAGAGAAUCAUGAUACUAAUACCGAAUCUACUUGUUUUGCAGGUUCUUAUGGUUACAUAGCUCCAGAGUUUGGAUACUCGUUAAAGGCGACAGAGAAAAGCGAUGUUUACAGCAUGGGAAUUGUGCUUAUGGAACUUGUGAGCGGCAAAAAGCCAACAGAUGAAGCUUUUAGAACAGGUAUAGACAUGGUGAGAUGGGUGGAGAGGCACGUCGACUCGAAAGGGACCGAGCGCGAUGAACUAAUAGAUCCCGAACUAAAACCGCUUUUACCUAUUGAAGAGUUUGCAGCAUUUCAAGUGCUUGAGAUAGCUUUACAAUGCACCAAAACUGCACCAAUGGAUAGACCAACAUCGAGGCACGUUUGUGAUCUUCUUCAACAUGUGUCCAAGAACAAAAAAGUGGAGUUUAAGAAGAUGGAUUUGGAUACUUACAACUGA